UUCAGAGGGUCCCACUAUGUUUUCAGCACUGCAGCUCAGCAGAGAAGCACAGGAGACGAGUGUGGCCCUGAAGAUCCCCGAGACGAGCCCAAGCAUCCUCUGUCUGACUGUGCCUUGGAGCACAAAGCCAUCAAAUUGGAAGAGCAAGUCCGAGAUCUAACUGAGCGAUACCGGAGAGCCUUGGCUGAUUCAGAGAACGUCCGGAGGAGAACGCAGAAGUUUGUGGAAGAUGCUAAGCUCUUUGGGAUCCAGAGCUUCUGCAGGGACCUGGUGGAGGUCGCAGACAUCCUGGAGAAGACAGCCGAGAGCGCCGCGGAGGAAGCCGAGCCCAGCAACCCCAACCCAACCCUGCAGAAGAUCUACGAAGGCCUCUCCCUCAUCGAGGCCAAACUGCAGAGCGUCUUUGCCAAACAUGGCCUGCAGAAGAUGAGCCCCGUGGGGGGCAGGUACGACCCCUACGAGCACGAGAUCGUGUGCCACGUGCGGGCCGAGGGGCUGCAGCCUGGCACCGUCGCGCUCGUCACCCAGGACGGCUACAAACUGCACGGCCGCACCAUCAGGCACGCGCUGGUCGGAGUGGCCGUGGAGUCUCAGGAGUGA